AAAAAUUCUCAUACGAUUGUCAGCUCUCUGUCCGGUUGGAAGAAAUGUGUGAAAAAAGCGAAAAAGAAAAUUUUCAGCGGCUAAAUUAAUACAGAAAAUCGUAACAAAAAUCACACGCAAGCAAUAUUAAUAAAAGAAAUAACUAUAUUUUAAUAAAAUAAAUUUAACAAAUUAAUCUAUAAUACAAAUUUUCUAACAACAACAAAUACCAUUUAGUACAAAAUUAAACACGUGAAGUAAAGAAAGAAAAGGAAAAAAAGAACUUUUUUCUAUGAAACGAAAGGGGGGUUGAGCAGUGUAUAAAAAAGGGUGAAGAAACGAAAUUUGCUUAAGCCCCAUCUUAUGCAAAUCAUUAAAAGCAAAAAAUCACUUCAUAGUAAAAAAAAAUUUAAAGAAAAUUGUAUAUAGAAAGUAUCAAAGAGAGUGAGUAGUGGUGAAAGAGAAAGAAAAGAACGCAAAAGAGGAGUGAUAAAAUCAUCAUAAAAUAAAAGAAAAUACAGUUUUUUUAUUUUAUUUAUUCAACAACAAUGGCCUACAAAGACCGCGUACUCACACCACAGCAAUUGAAGAAAUUGUCCGAACAUAAGUACUCAUGCAGCAGUUCAAGUUUAAUGGAUCCUUGGCUACAGCCCUGGUGGAAUUGGUUGGUCUCCAAGACACCAUUAUGGUUGGCUCCAAAUCUAAUAACCAUAGUGGGUUUAGUUGUUAAUAUAGUGACCACCUUAAUCUUAGUAGCGAUAUUUGGUAAUUUAGAAUUAUGGUCUUCCUUAUGCCUAAUGACAAUAGUUUGUGGUAUUUGGUCAUUGUCACAUAUAUUCUCUGUUGUUUUGGCUGGAGGUGUUGGCAAGAAUGGCUCAACAGUUGCCCUACCAAUUGUUGGCUUUAAUAAAAAUUAUAUUAUUUUAUUGGGUAUAACUAUCUGUUAUUUUGUAAAUUUUACAAAUUUUUGCAAAAUCUUCCUACAUGGCGGCAGUGGCAAAAAUGGUUCCUCAGUUGCUCUACCUUAUGUUGGCUGUGAAUUACGCAUAAUGCCUUUAUAUUUUGCCUGUGGCAUUGAUAUUUUAUUAGCUUUACGUUAUGCCAAAGUUAUAACAACUGAAGGAUGUGGAAAAAAUGGAUCUUCAGUGGCUGGUACUAGUGUUUUAUCGCCUAGUAUACCAUUGACUUUGGUAGUAUUGCCUGCAUUUAUAAUUGCUCAAAAAUCGCCUGAAAAUAUAUUCACCGAACAUUCAUCUUUGUAUAUAGUUGCAUUCGGUAUGGUGGCCGCUAAAGUCACUAAUAAAUUAGUGAUCGCCCAUAUGACUAAGGCUGAAAUGGAAUAUUUGGAUUGGUCUUUGUUGGGUCCUGCAUUGCUGUUCCUUAAUCAAUAUUUCAAUUGUGUGGUGCCUGAAAUUUGGCUGCUUUGGUUUACUUUGCUAUGGGGUAUACAAGAUUUAAUCAGAUACUGUUCUCAAGUAUGCUUGGAAAUUUGUGCUCAUUUGCAUAUACAACUCUUUACCAUACCCUAUCCCGCCAAGGGUGCUGCAGCUAAUAACAAAUCACAUGCCUCCAAAUCCGGUCAAACUAAUAAUCAUGGUUCAAAGCCCAAAGGUGUGCAGACUGUUAAUCAGGGCACUAAUCCUCCAUUAAAACAUAAAAACAAAAAAUCUCUUUCAAAUGUCAACAAUGAUGUGGGCGAAGAUGUGGACGCACUUUGAGUGUUGUUAGUUGAUGGUUCCUUCUACUCCAAUUUCUUUCCUUUCUUUUUUAUUAAAACUAAUUAUUAUCAUUUUAAUGUUAAUUUUAGAAUUUAUCAUCAUAAUGAUUAUUAUUUACGUUUGCCUUUCUUUUGUAUAUUGUAUGUGUGAGUGUUUCAAUUAAAAACCGAAAUCCAAAUAAUUUAAUGAAAUGAAUCAAAUAA